CCCACAUGACCACAUUCACAGUCCAGUCCAGUCUGUCUCUACCAAUACUCAUACGGGGGAAGAGAGCGGUUCUCGUGUCGUCACAUAUAUUUUGACCAAUCACUGAUCAUAUGUCUCCCAUAGCACCAAUGGCUGAAUGGGGUACUCCGCUCCCCUGACGAAUCACUGGGCUUAUGGGCGUGCUUUAAGAAAUUUCCCGCGAAGAUGUGCUGGUAAUAGGGCGAAGAGGAGUUUUACUUCGUUUAGUUUCACGCAGCCGAAUCCCCACGGAAAUGGAUAGAGAAUUGUUCGACAAACUCGCGUCCAAAAUGGGUAUAACGUCAGCAAAAGUGCGGAGCCAAGCAGAAGAGUACUCGCGAUUGUCCCAGAUCAGCUGCGCGGGCCUCAGAAAUGCCACAGCCAUCAGCAGGGCUGUCAUGUGCCUCGAGCUGGCGGCCAAGGUCCUGGGUCAUCCGCUGGACAAGGAGUAUGCUGUCACGCUGUCUGGUGUGAACAAGAGCGUGUAUCAGAGCAACCUGCGGUCCAUGGAGUGCAUGCUGGGCCUCGAGUCUCACCUGGGCCUGCGGGACCUGGCUAUCCAGUAUGGCUGUUUGCAGGCUGUUGGACCUGCAGCCAAGAUCUUGCAGAGGUACAAGAGCAGCCUCCCCAAAGUGCAGCAGGAGGAGCUGGAUCUGACCAAGCCGCUGUUCACCACAGCUGCCCUGCUGACCGCCUGCAAGUGCAUGAAGAUCAGAGUGGACAGGAAGCUAGUGGCAUCAUCUGGUGCCAACAAAGCCAUGAUGGACCGUCUCUGUGCCCAGCUGCAUAAGUUCGCCCAGGAGAUCUGCAGUGAACCCACAACACUGAAGGAGGUGCCCAAAACAGCAAGGAAAAGGAAAACACUCCUGGAGAGCAUCCAGCAGAAGGAACAAGAUGAGCAUUCAGUUGAGGACGAAGAGCCCCUGAAACCCCCUCCCCAGCAGAGGAGGCAGGAGCCGGAGGAGAGCACCAAGUGCAACUACGAGGAGUGGAAGAGGAGGAUCUUGGAGAACGCCCUGAAGGCCACGCAGCCAACCUCAUAGGACUGGGUUCGAUCCUGUUCGCAGGAUUUCACUCACAACUAUACUUACAAGUGUAGCAGACCCCCCCUUUAUGUUCAGCUGUUAUUUGCCCCCCCUCCCUGGGGGUGGGCUGUUAGAGUGGCUGUGAGGUAAUUAACACAGAAUUACUGUUCUGUGCUUUGAUGCGCAUGUGUGAGUCAUACAGGGCUCUUUGGAAAGUGUUUGGGCAACUCGAGUUGAGGAUUCGCACGGCAUGACUCGCUUUCCAGUGAUCACACGGAGACGUUUGUAGGUUUUUGAGGCUUUUAUCUUCAUUUCAAUUUUUUAUGUGUGUUAAUACCGAAGUCCACUCAUGGACCUUCACAACACAUUUAACUGAAUUAAAAUAUUUAUU